AUGUCGGCUACUGUGGUGACCGUCCCAGUUACGGUGACUGCGAGCGCCUCCGUUGUCGUAGUCACCUCAACAAUUGCCGCUUCUGAUGUUCCCGGCUACACGAGUGUACCAACUUCGAGCGCCACGGCGAGCGCCACAGCGAGUGCUUCGAGCUCUUUCGCUUCGGCCAACGGCGCUUCUUCAGGCACCAACUCUUCCUCCAACCAUUCGUCGACUCCCAUCGGCGCGAUUGUCGGAGGUGCGAUAGGAGGUGUGGCACUGUUUGCGCUCUUGGUCGUCCUGGCCUGCCUCUACAAGAAGCGUUCAAAUGCCAAAAAGAAGGCACAAAAUCCCUUCCCUGACGAUGCAGAAGAAAAAGGGCCAGCCGUCAUUGCAGGCCUUCCUCCCAAUCCAUCGGGCUCAGGGCUGCGUCGCACCUCGGGCAACUACAGCAACUCGAUCAUCAUGACAGAUGCAGGCUCCACGAUGCCGUUGCUCGAUACCGACCCGUCCCUCUACGGUCGUUCCCAAUUCAACGCUGCUGGUACCACGUCCGAUGCACGUUCGACACACAUUCACAGGCCUUCUACCACUUCUCUCACACCCAGCUUUAUGUUGGGCUCGGUGGCGUCAUUUCCUCAUUCGCAUGGCAGCCAAUACGCCCAGCCGAUGACGGGUGCCUCCUUCAACGGCCAAGAUAACCCCGUCUCUUUCGCUGGCGCUUAUCCUGAUGUGCACCGCACUGCUUACUAUGAGCCGUACGUUCCUCCUGGCGCGGACCCUCGGGCCAUGCCCACCUACUCGAUGGCUGGUGCAUCAGCAGCGGCUGCAUACCAUAAUGGCAGUGCUGCCGCCAACAUGCCAGGCUCUUCGCCGCAGGGCAUUCCGGGCAUGUCGAGCCUGCCAAUGGGCGCGGCAGCUUCAGACUAUGCUGCCGCUAGCGAACUGGCUCGCAUGCGUGGUGUGACUCGAGAUGGCAACAUCGGCGACCCUGCUUGGUCGGGUGCCGUUUCACCAACUCAACCCAGUAGCCGCCGAGGCUCGAACACGAGUGCCCUCGUCACGCCUCCCACUACUUCUCCGCUACCAGAGGCAUCAGGGCCGUCGCGUAGCGAAGUCGAAAGUUUGCAUCCCCGCCGAGGUCCAGCAGCUGGAUCCACCGGUUACCAGUCCAACCUGAAUGCUAUUCCCGGCUCUGUGGCUGCCUCCGAGAUGGCGAGCGCCGAACAGCACUCGAUGCACUCGAGUGAGUUAAGUAGCCAAGGAUAUCGCAGCAUCCCGCCCAAGCUUCCAUCCAUCCCUGCUUCGAGUCCCCUCAUGGUGCAAGAUGCCACCUCGUUUGUACCUCUCGCGUCCCUGUCGGCCGGUGCUGAUCUGCCGACUGUACAAGGCGCAGCCACUCCUCGAUUGACAGCCGAACCAGGCAUUGACUCGUUCCGAUCCAGCGAUCCAUCCAACGGCGGCACAGUCAACAGCGAUGGGACAUACAACACAUACACCGGCGCGACCAAAGGCCAGCUUCGUGUGGUCGGCUCGAACGGUACGCAUGGUCGAGGCCCACCAAUCAUCGUCGAAGAAGGCGACCACGUCAGGCCGCCUCAGCGAGACAUGAGUGGCGAUUCCAGGACGGACGAGUUUUGGGUGGAUGCGCAAGCAAAGCUGCAGCUGGGAGCGGCAGGAAGGCGGGUUGGACAACAUUCGUCCAACAACAGCACGUCGAGCAUCAACAAGACGGGCAGUCGCUUGAUUGAGAUGCUCGACGUCGACGAGCAACCGCGCGUGCCCGACUUGGUGACAGGAGGGGACAGCGAGGUGUCCAAGCACACCGCCUCGCCAACGCGACCACCCUUCUGGAAGGAACGCAGCCGAUCGGCUCAGUCGAUCACGAAGGUCUUCCGUAGCUCGCCCCUCUUGAACGCCAACAACGCGCCCUCGCCCGCAUCGCCUGCCAGCCACUCCCGCGUCAACGGGUUUGCUGCUGCGCUCGGGUCUUCUCGUGAGCGUGUUCCAUCGCUCGAUCUGGGCGGGCCUGUUACUGGCUCUAACUCUGGCUCGGCGAAUCCGAACUCGGUAUCGGCGGAAUCUCCCAACAAGGACGGAGACGCCGACAUGUGGAAGGAACCGUCCAAAUCAAAGCCAACCAGCGCACUGCGAAAGUGGACCACCAAGAAGACUUCGAAGACGACUUCCAAGCAUGGAAGCGCCGACAACGAAGUGGACGUGGAUCAACUCUUCAGGUGA